AUGCGAGCCGCAACACGCGUCCUGCGCCGCAGCACGACACCCAAAGCACUACGACGCCACGCGGCAUCAAUAAAAACAUUCGACGACCAGUUCGACUACCUGCGGGAGAUCCUCAACAGUAGAGUCUACGACGCGGCCGUCGAGACGCCGCUCCAGCACGCCGCGAAGCUCUCGUCCAUAACGAACUGCGACGCCUACGUCAAAAGGGAGGACCUCCAGCCCGUCUUCUCGUUCAAGAUCCGCGGCGCCUACAACCGCAUCGUCAAUCUCGGAGACGUCAAAGGUGUUGUCGCUUGUUCGGCGGGUAAUCAUGCUCAAGGUGUGGCCAAGAGCUGUUCAAUACUAAAUCUUCCUGCCGUUAUAGUGAUGCCUUUGGCAACACCUAGAAUAAAAGUGGAUGCCGUGGGUAGACACGGUGGUUCGAACGUCGAAGUGCGACUCCAUGGCAAUACCUACGACGAGGCCGCGGCGGAGGCCAAACGGCUCGUAGAUGAGGAAGGAUUGACCUUAGUUCAUCCGUUCGACGACCCUCUCGUUAUCGCAGGACAAGGGUCCGUCGGUGCUGAAAUAUUAAGGCAGAGAAAUGGCAGAAGGUUGGAUGCGAUCUUCUGCUGCUGUGGGGGUGGCGGGUUGCUGGCCGGCGUCGCGGCCUACGUGAAGCAGGUAAGACCGGACGUGAAGGUGUACGGGGUGGAAGCCGAGGACGCGGCCGGCAUGACGGCUUCGCUCGAAGCGGGCAAGCCCGUCGUGUUGGACCAUGUUGGUCUAUUUGCGGACGGUGCCGCGGUCAAAGCCAUCGGCCAGGAGACCUUUAAACUGUGCGAUCGGUACGUGGACGGCAUGAUCACCGUCGACAACGACGAGAUCUGCGCGCACGCGGCGUCCUUGCAUCGUCUGGCGUGGCGCGUCGAUGGCGUCUUAGCUCGACGCGUCGCUUCGAUGGCACCGCUCGUCGAUGGCGUCUUAGCUCGACGCGUCGCGUCGAUGGCGUCGAGGGCGCGCGCGAUCGUCCCGACGCCGUCGCCGCGACACCCAGUGACACGCAGGCGCCGCGAUCAAGCAGGGCUUCGAGGACACGAGAUGUGUGUUAGAACCCGCAGGAGCACUGGCCUUGGCGGGCCUGAAGAAGCACGCCUCGUCACAGAGUGGAGACGACGUUCCUACCUAUGUAGCGGUCGCGUCCGGCGCGAACAUGGACUUUGACCGGUUGCGCUUCGUGAGCGAGCGAGCGGACACGAGCGAGGUGCGACUAGCUGUCAAGGUGCCCGAGGAGCCGGGCGCGUUCCGGGCGUUUUACGAACAGAUUUAUCCGUGCAACGUGACCGAAUUUUCGUACAGAUUCUACAAGUCGAACCGGCCGGCGGACAUUAUCAUUGCGUUUCAACCUAGGACGUCGACAUAUAUGGAGCGGCUCGAGAAGGGCGGGUAUGCACCGAGAAACGUCACGGACGACGAUUUGGUGUCCUCGCACUUACGACAUGUCGCUGGUGGUCGAAGUGCGGAUGUGGGUAGUGAGCGCUUGUUCCGCUUCGAGUUCCCGGAGGCGCCGGGUGCUCUCAGAAAGUUCCUGUCGUACUUCGAGGACUCGUUCUUCAACGUCUCGCUGUUUCAUUAUAGAAACUACGGCCACGACUUCGGGCGGGUCUUGGUGGGCUUGCAGGCCUCCCAAAGCAAGGAGGACGAUCAGAAAUUAGACGCCUUCCUGGACGCGCUGGGGUACCGGUACGCGGAGGAGACGAGCAACGCGACGUACAAGCAGUUCAUGACCGACGAGGGGUAG